AUGCCGUCGUCACUUUCGCGGAUAAUGGACGGUGCCAGGAGGCAUUUUGGAGAUAGCCUGAGCCCCGAUGAUGCCUAUCUUUCUUACCAUGAUGUACGGUUGACGAAGCUGGACGUGGAUACUAUCAAGCACGACUGGCUAACAGACAAUGCAAUCGCAUUUUGGCAAGAAUACCUUGAACGCGAAGAGCUCAAAGCUUUUCCGAAAGCACAAAUCGUCCUCCUCCGCCCUAGCAUGACCUUUCUCCUAAUGAACACGCCCGAUCCCCUCACCCUGAGUGGCGCCCUCCCGAACUUCGCCCACACGACACACAUCUUCCUCCCCAUAAACGACAACGCAGAUGUCACACACGCAGAAGGAGGCUCUCACUGGUCACUCCUCGUCGUCAGCGUAAUCGACGGCGUGUCCUUCCACUAUGACUCGCUAUCGCCCUCCAACGAUAGGGAAGCGCGGAAUACGAGCCACAAGUUGGAGCGGCUGCUGGGCAAGACGCUGAGGUUUAUACAUAUGGAUGAUGCACCGCAACAGGAGAAUGGAAGUGACUGUGGGGUGUUCGUGUGCGUGCUGAUGAAGCAUUUGUUGCUGAAGAGGCUGCUCAAGGCGGAUUCAAGUAGGAAGAUUAGCAUGAGUAUGAAAGACCAGCAUAUCAAUGCGCAGGAUGGAAGGAAGACGAUGCUGAGGAUUAUUGAGGCGAAGAGGAAGGAGGGCGAGAGGAGACGAUCGCGAAGUGUGUCACCAUUCCGACCGAAGUCUUCGAAUUCCAAGAGCCCGCCGCGGAUAGGCGAAGAGAACGAAAAACUGAGUACUACGAAUUCGUCAUGA